AUGUCUCCGUCCACCUCUGCAUCCAAGAAGCAGUCCGACAAAGCCCCGAGAAGGACCCCCAUGGCAUGCGAGUUUUGUCGAGGCCGUAAAAUGAAAUGUGAUGGUAACCGUCCUUCCUGUGCGAAUUGCCAGAGGCGCCAAAUUGCCUGCACCUAUCAGCCAGUUCGUGUCAAGCCAGAACUCUUGCUGAACUCCACUAGCGCUCAGUAUUCGGAUAAGCUAGACGUUAAUGCAUCAAUACUAAUACCCUAUUUGUGUCACACUAUCACCCCGGACUCCGUUCUUCUUCGCUUUCUUUCGUUUUCUCGACUCGACAUUGAACAUGAUUUAAAUCACCAACUUUUCGCUGCCACAUCUCUAAUUACUGGGGAGGCAUUUGCCCAAACGGUCUCACCUCUCUUUGGUGACGGUGAAUGGGAUAUGCUGGCUGGACCUUUUUGGGAGGACUGGCCAUUUGAGGCCAUAACGAAAAUUGGGUAUAUAUCGUCUGAGCUGCCCUCUCCAUUGCACACUGUGGUUCCACCUGUUACUUGGAUAUGGUUCGUCAUUGCCAAGGCCAUUCAACUUCUCACCCUUGCCAUCAUCAAUGCAUUCAUUGUCAUGUCCUUGGACGUCGUCACCUUCGUUGCCCAGACUUGA